AUGACUAAUUACGAAUAUUCAUCAUAUUCAUCAUCAACAACUCCUUCUACUGCACAUUUUGAUGCAUCAAAAGCUAUUUUUAAUCAAGUUGAUGUAAAUCAUGAUGGUGCUGUUGAUCGACAAGAAUUUCAACAAUGGGUUUCAGCCGCUGGUGAUGGUACUGGUACUAAUGCUGAUGCUGGUGAUCUUUCUCAUGGACAAUAUAUAAGUGGUGGUGGUGGUGGUGUUGUUAAUGGUUCAGGAGAUGCAUCGACUAAUUUUCAAUCAUCUUCAUAUGAUUCAUCUAAUAUAUCAUCAUUGUUAGGUGGUCAUGGUUUAUAUAGUGGUAUUGAUGGUGGAAUAACUGGUUCAUCAUCUACUACUCUUGAUACUGCUGAUAAUAUUAUUGAUGGAUCAAAUAUUCAAUCAUCAUUUCAAACAAGAACUAAUCUUGGCUUUGAUGAUACAUCAAUAAAUCAAGCUACUAACUAUACAGCUGAAACAAAUGCUAAUUGGUCAAAAUAUGGUGCUGAAGUAAGAGGUGCUGGACUUUUUUUUGAUACAAAUCCUCAAAUAAUUCGUCGACCAGCUCCAGGUGGUGUUCAAACUUAUACACAAAACAUUCAAGUUCGCUUUCUUCAACCACCACCUGUUCCACCACCAGGCCCACUUAUAAUAAAAGAAGUUCGAGAAUCCCAAGCACCUCUUCCUCCACCUCUUCGUAUAAGACAACAAGCUCCACCUGUUCCACAACCUCCUCCAUUGAUACUUCGUGAACGUCCACCUCCACCACCACCUUCUCAAUCAUCUCAAACAGUUAUUCGAAAACUUCCUGCUUUACCUGUUCCACCUCGAUCAGUAAUUAUUGAACGUAUUCCAGCAGCUCCACCUCGACCACGUGAUAUUAUUAUUGAACGUUGGAUUCCUUAUGAAUCAUUUAUUAAACGAAAGACAAUUGUUCAACGUGCUGAAUCAGCUAAAGAAUAUCCUAAACCACGUAAUGUUAUUAUUCAAUAUGAACCAGUUCAAGUUCGGGUUGUCCGACAAUUUCAACGUUUGGGUGUUGUUCAAGAAAAUCCUCAAUUAUAUACUCAACGUUAUGGACAACAAUUACUUGAUGCUCAAACACUUAUUCAACAAGCUCGUGCUGUUGGUGUUGUUGAAGAUAUUUCUCCACCAUCAGGUGCUGUUUCAGCUCAAAUUAGUUCAUCAUCAUUUAGUCAAGAAUCAUCAUUAGGUGGUGGUGGUGGUGUUAGUUAUUCUGGAUCUGAUUUAGUUGAUGUUGCUGGUGGAACAUUAGGAGGAAUUCGAUCAUCGUUCUCCACUGGAUCUUUUCAAAAUUCCCAAAUGAUUGGAACAGGUUUGACUGGUGCUAAUUAUGAAAGUGGUCUAAUUGAAGGAGUUGGAGCUGAUGGUGGAUUUGGUUCAUUAAAUAAUGAAUCUUCAUUAUAUUCGUCAUCUAAUAUAGGAUCUGUUGGUCAAUAUGGUAUUGCUGCUGGUCUACCAACCGGAUAUAGUUCAUCAUCAUAUGACUCAUCAGGAGGUGCUACGAAUUUUGAUGUUGCUGCUGCUGCUUUCAAUAUUGUUGAUAAGAAUAAGGAUGGAACUCUUGAUGCAAACGAAUUUAAACAAUUCUACGAAGCUGGUUUAUAA